AUAUAGGGCACAUAUAGGGGCACUUACCUGAGUCAUCGUAACUUUGUAAUGAUAAACUAAAAUAAAUCGCCCUGUUAAAUCUGUUUACUAGGGCAAUACCUUAUCUACAACACUUAAUGCGGGCACAGCUCCACUACUGAUUGAUCUGUGAAACGCCUAACUACUUAACUCGUUGAUAUAGAGACUAUUAUUGCUCGACUAUAUCACAAAAAUGCAGGGUUUGUACGCAUGAGCUCACAAAUGUGUCGUCACCUCACCCUGGCCGUAUAUCAGCCAUAAAUAAAAUAUAAGCGCUGCCCAACGCACCGCAACCUCAGUGUGCUAAACAACCGCAAACAUGCACUGCAUUUGGAAACUUGCCCUUGUCCUCUCCGUGCUUUUCCUUGUGGAAAAUAAUGCAAGCUCUAUAAGGACAGAAGAUGUCUCCACUAAAGACGUUCCUGUGCCGAAAGAGGAUAACAAUAUGGAUGUCGGAUCGGAGAUUCCUGAGGUGCUGGAGGUAGACGCUGUAGCUGAUAAGAUAGAAGAGAAUAACACUCUUCAAUGUGCUGAAAUCGGAUCUUUCUGCAUCAACCACUCGGAAUGCUGCUCCAACGCCUGUCUGGGAUACAUGAGGCGAUGCGUCUCCGGCUCCGGUUAGCGUCGCUUCGACAUUUAUUUAGUUAUUGAAAACUUUAGAGAAAACAUAUUUGCAGCAAUAGAACAAUCGCAGACACGAAUUCUAAGCAAUGAGAACAAGAGUGAGACAGGGUCCGAGCCUUACCCAGAAGAAUGUAGCUAUUCUGUUCCUUGAUUUAACUCGUCAAUAGGAAGGAGGAUUGUAUAAAGAAAAUAUUACUCCUUUAUCUACGCAAGCAGACGGCCUAGGUUUAGCACAAGAGCAAGUCAGCGUGCAAUCGUAUGCUAAUGAUAAUGUUGUAUAAAUCUAUGAUGUUGUAAAUGUAUUUUCUCUCGAGUUUACCAUUUUGUACAAAAUCUAUUUCUUAAUUUUACGAAUGGGAUGGAUUGGGUGGUUCAUGUGGCUUAAAUCUGGAGGGUUGGCGUUAAAGUGCUGAAUCUCCUUCAUUGCGUCUUCCGAGAUCUUCCAUAGCUCUGGGUAGUCUUUUUUGAAGUCCUCGUACCACUGGCUGACCUGUUAACAAUUUAUAAAUAAAAGUUAGUUACAUUUAUCCUUUACCACUGACUGACCUGUUAACAAUUUAUAAAUAAAAGUUAGUUAAAUUUA